ACUACGCCUCCAAUGUCUUGCACCGCCGCCAGCCUCGUAUAUGACUAUUUUCGAAGCCUAUAACCGGAGAUACAAAACUGGAGAAUUCAUACUUGGCUUGUCUAUCCCGAGCGUCGUGUUGUGGAAUUCCAACUACCAAUUUCCGGGAUGGCAGGAUUCUGACCAUUUCUGGUGCUUUCAGAUGCUAUGCGCACCAUCUUUUGCCUAUGCCGGGUUUGUCGGUCUGAUUAUCUUAUCCUGAACUGCCACUAUCAUCUUUUCGGGUAUGGAUUCGCAGGAACUUCAAGUCUCGCCAUCAGCGUUUCAGUGACAUACACAAGCAUCCUGUAUGCGAUGCAACUGGG